AUGUCCACCAGUCGGUCCCAUCUGAAGACCUCCCUUCCUUCGGCUCAUGCUGCUUCCACACAGGCUCCGUCCAGCAUGCGCCGUGCGCCACCAAAGUCCACUGUGUCGCUCCAGCAAAAAGGACAGCCAGCGAACAAGCCAGACGCUGAUCCACGUCACCUCGCCAUAGCUUUACAUCAUGCGCACCGUAUUCAGGCCCAAAAGGAUACGGAAUCUCUUAUCUUGGAUCGCAUUCUCGAACUCGUCACGUUUCCGUCUUCACCUUCAGCAGAUCCUGCUUCUCCGUCACCCGAAGAUGCCCAGGCUUUCAAAUCAGCUUUGAUACCAUUCCAGCCAGCUGACUACGAUAAUUUGAUCCAAGAGCGGAAUAUUGAGGGUCUCUGUGGUUACGGUUUAUGUCCUCGCGAGCACCGUAAGGACGACUCUCGUGGGGCUUAUCGCAUAACGUGGGGUGCCAAAGGGAGUGGCCCUGGUGGCCGGGGCCGGGAUAUGAACAUAGUUCCUCGCGAAAAGCUUGAGAUGUGGUGUUCGGAUGAGUGUGCUGAAAGAGCUUUGUACAUACGGGUACAAUUAGCCGAGGAGCCAGUAUGGGAAAGGCGUGCCGAUGACGCCCGGGGCAAGAAUCUCCUCUUGCUUGAGGAAGGAAGAGCAACCACGCGAGGAGGGAAAGGUUCGAGCAACCUGGCAGGUGACAUGUCCAAACUCUCGGUUCGUGACAGUGCCCAGUCCCGUGAACUCGCCUUGGAACGCGGCGAUGCAAACCCGGCAUUACGGGCCGGGCGAGUAGAUGUUCAGAUUCAGGAGAAGGAUAACCUAGCGUAUGAGCACGUCACAGCACCGGAGAUGCGCCCAGGGGACGACAAAGGAGGCUCUAUUGAAGGCUACGUGCCUCAAGAGUUUUAA